AUCGAAAUGAAUUUCUGGAAGCCGGGCGAAGAGUAUCCUGACGGAAUGGACGAGGAGAAGGUGGAGCUGGAUAAGGAAGCUCCUGUGGAUAGAAUGGCCAGGGAAAUCACAAAAUCAAAAGUGCAGCUCUCUGACCGCAUGAAGAAUAUGUCUUUCAUGGUGCAUUCGCAGGAAGAGAAGGAGCAGCGAAAGAAGGAAAUCGCAGCAAUGAAGGAGCUGAAAUCGUACAUGUGGUCCUAUCGCAAGAUCUCCCUAUCCGAAAGCACAAAUUUCUCCCAUCAUCCGUGUUGCGGACCGGUUAUCAACCCUGUGGCGGAAGAAGAGUGCAAGCGCUUUUCUUUUGGAGGAUUCAAUCCGCAGGUCGACCAACUAAUGAAGGAACGCAAGGAUCAUCGCAACAUGGUGUUUAGUUCGAAAGAUAUGAGCGAGAAGCAGAUCAAAGAGACGCUGAACAAAUACUCCACAUUGAGAUGGAAUCGUAAGCCCAAGAGCCGAGGAACGAAGAGAGAACGCGAAUAGUUUGUCAAUUUAUAUGUUUUAUUUUGAAGC